AUGUGGAAAUACUCAAUUGUAACACUCUUGUUACUAAGUUUUCAACCAGUUUCGGCGGGAACUUCCUCACUGAAAGCAAUACAUAUCCAAAUCCGUGAAAUAUCUCAACUCGCCGAAGAUUUCCAUUUGAAAUCUGAAUUGCUCAAUGAGAAAAUAUCAACAACGGAUGUGGUUAAAGUGUUUUUCCCUGGGUUCCCAUAUUUUUCUGAUGGGUUAAAUGACGUGGAGAUCUUUAAUGGAAUGGAAGGGCAAAAAGAAGUGGUGGAUUUGAUGAAGUACGUGAAGACAGCGGAGAUAAGUAAAGAGACAAUGAUGGAGAUAAUGAAUGGAUUCGAGGUGUUGGAGGAAUUAGUUGGUUUGAAACCACAAAUUGAUUUUGGGCCGAGAAAAGAUUUGGACGACUUACUCAAACGACUAAAAAACUUUGGAAAAACAGACUUCAAAAACAUAACCACCUCUAUAGGUUUAAUGAUGUUCGACCAACGUUUUCCUGAUUUUCUACAAGAUUUGAAGGGAAGACUUGAGAAACUGUUGAGUUCUAGACAACCAACUAGUGCGCAAAUUGAACAUGUGAUUGGAUUUGCUCUCGCAUUAAUGGAUAGAGCUGUUGUUCGAAUUCCCAUCCAUUACGAGAUUGCGGGAUUUCUACACAGAAAUGUGACGUUCAAUCCUGUGGUAAAAAUGUUCAAUGCCACAAAACUGUUGUCGGGUAAAAUGAAUAAAAUAAACAUUCUGAAAGAGUUUUCGGAGAAACUCAAUGUGAUCUACAAUGAAAUGAAAUUUUGGGCGGAACUAGAAAGCGACAAAAACAUCUACAACACUGAACAAUUGUGGUCCCGCAUCCAGAAGGAUAUGAAUCCUUUGAAAAGUUUCAAGACACCAACAAAAGGGUUCAAAAAGUUUGAAUCAAUCGAUAAUUGGAUGUCACAUCGAAUGACUAAAUUUGCAUCUCACAUGAAGACUUUUGAAUGGAAGUAUUCUAUGUUUUCAAAAGAAAUUCAAUCAUUUUUUGAUACGACCAAGAAUAUGAUCGAAUUUGUAAAGAACGGAGAGCAACUAUUUGCACGAAUGUGUCUCGAGGAUUACGACUUUUCAACCGAUUUUUCGAAAGAUGAAACCGAACUGAGAAGUCUCGAACCGCAUUUGACCACAUAUUUCUUGGAAAGUUUGAAUCUCGAAAAAGAAUUAGAUCGACUGAAAAAAUUUGUGAACUUCACGGAUUUUCAAAUGUAUAAGAAGAGUGGAUUAUCUGACAGUGAAAUACGAGAAGCAGUAGAAAAGAUGAAGAAAAUCGAUUUGUCCGAGUUCGAUGUCAUUUUGAAACACAUCAAACCAAACAACCAAAGCUACAUGAUGUUCGAGACCAUCAAGCGGAAGGAACAUGAUGCGAUGAAGAAAUUUGCAGAAGCUAAUGGAAACGAGUUUUUAGAAAAAGUCCUGGAAGAGUUGACAACACUUCAAACGUUCCUGAAUUGUACACAUCUUGAGGAGGCAGUAUCUAUUAUGAAACCACUCAUCGAUACAUUUGUGAAAAUCGGUUAUGUAGAUGCAAAUCUAGCCUUUUCGGGAAUGGCAUACACGGUUUUCAUGUUCAGAGAAGGUAAUGAGUUGGUGGAAGAAAUCAAUGGGUGGAAACCAGAAAGUGAUCCCUAUAUCGAGAGUUUUCCAUUGAAUAAUGAUGAUCUGAAGGGGAUAUCCGAUGGAAUAGAGGCGAUUGAAUCAAUUCGGAAAGUUCAAGAAAGUUGGGAAGAGUUGAUUGAUUUGGAUGAUUCGGAGAUGUCAGAAUCAGAUGGUUGGAAGGCAAUCCAUGACUUUAUUACAAAUUUCGUUGGGAAGCUGUCAACGAUGGAUUUCAAUCUGGAACUGAGUAAUCUUCAAGAGUUUUUAGCCACCGUUUCAUUUCCAGAAGAUACUCAAAUUGAUUCAUUCGAGAAGUUUAUUAAAGAAGAGUAUGAAGGAAAUCAGUAUUUUGAUAUUCUGAGUUUUAUAAAAAAUCUUCGAGGACUGAAAAAUGGAUUCUCAAAUUUGUUGGUUCAAUUGAAGAAUAUGACAGAAGGAGUCAGAAAGUAUAAAGAAUGGGAGAACACCAAGAAAAAAUCUGAAAAGAAGGAAUUUGUUGAUUGCUCGCAGAGUUAUGAAGGACCCUGUAGCAUCCCAUUGACCCUUCCGAAAGCUGAUCCGGAUGUUCCAGUGAAGAAGUUUGAAUUGUGA